UCCACGACUUCUUCAAAACUUUUCAAACCUCUCUAUAAACUUCUCUCUUGUCGGAAUAAAAACACAUAACUAACUUUUUGGGGAUUCAAGAAUCACAAUGAAUCCCAUAAAGCAUAUCUCUUUACCACUUCUUGUCUUGUUCUCCCUACUACUAUCUCUAGCAUCGGGUCAAUCUAACCAACCCGACCCGAGAAAUGACCAGUAUGCUUACAGCGGCAAGCUUAGUCCAGCCAUGGCUGUAGUCGUGGUCGUCGUAAUCGCAGCUCUCUUCUUCAUGGGCUUCUUCACCGUUUACUUACGUCACUGUACUGGAGUAGUCGACGGCAGCGUUACUCCCACGGGAGGAGCAGCGAGGAGGAGAGUGACCAACGCGACGGUAGCGCGUGGGUUAGACGCGGAGACGAUCGAGACGUUUCCGACUUUUGUCUACUCGGAAGUGAAGACUCAGAAGAUCGGCAAAGGAGCGUUGGAGUGUGCGAUUUGUCUGAAUGAGUUCGAAGACGACGAAACGCUGCGUUUGUUGCCUAAAUGUGAUCACGUGUUUCAUCCUCAGUGUAUCGGCGCGUGGCUACAAGGUCACGUGACUUGUCCUGUUUGUCGGACUAAUCUUGCUGAAGAGACGACGCAGAUAGCUGAACCGGUCGAACCGGAUGUGGUGGUUGAAAUGGAUCUUGAAUCGGCGAUACCCGAACCGGCGGUGGAACUCCCACGUGUUAAAUUCCCGAGGUCGCAUACGACGGGGCAUUCCGUGGUGUUACCUGGAGAGAGUACCGACCGGUUUACGCUUAGAUUACCGGAAGAUUUAAGGAAGAAGAUAAUGGCGAAUUGGAAAUUGAACCGGUCCAAUAGUUUACUUGUUUUACCGAGAGGAGGAAGCUCCACGAGUGGUAAACCGGUUGAUAGGUCGAGGGCUAAAUCGGAUCGGUGGUUGUUCCGUAAAACGCCGUCGUUUCUGUGGCGGAACCGGGAUGAUGGUUCGAUUAGACUUGAUGGUACCGGCAGCAUUAAAACAAAUGAAGUGACAAGUCCGACCGGUGAUUCGGUUCCAGCAGACCGGUGGGCUUUUCUAAGAAACCCAUCGUUUCUGUGGAGGAAUACGACUCCGGUUCCUUCGCCGAGGGUUGGAGUCAAUAAGGACGGUGAAGGAACGUCGUCGGUUCAACAUAUUGGUACGGCUAGCGGUUCUGUUAGAUUACCGGUUUAAUUGGUUUACUGGUGUUUUUGUGCAUCGUUCAUAUAAACACGCAAAAUAGAUUUUACGCAAUUCUUUGAUUUUGUUUUUGAAUCUUUUUUUGUAAGAUACUUUAAAUUGACAAUCCCAGAAAAAAAAAAACGGAGAAUUAUUUCAUUUUA